AUGGCAGAUGAUCGGAAAGAUGACGCGAAGGCACCUCACUGGACCUCAGCUCAGCUAACGGAGGCCUCUGCACACCCACAUUCACCUGAGAUUAAGGACCAAGGCGGGGCAGGGGAAGGACUUGUCAGAAGUGCCAAUGGAUUCCCAUUCAGGGAGGACGAAGAGGGCACCUUUGGAGAGCAUGGGUCACAGAGCACUUACUCAAAUACCAAAGAGAAUGGGAUCAACGGAGAGCUGACUUCAGCUGACAGAGAAACAGCAGAGGAGGUGUCUGCCAGGAUAGUUCAAGUGGUCACGGCUGAGGCUGUCGCGGUCGUGAAAGGCGAACAAGAGAAAGAAGCUCAGCAUAAAGACCAUCCUGCAGCCCUGCCUUUAGCAGCUGAAGAGACAGCUAAUCUGCCUCCUUCUCCACCUCCAUCACCAGCCUCAGAAAGGACUGUCGCUGUGGAGGAAGGUUUACUUACAGCCUCGAAGAUGGAGUUCCAUGAUCAACAGGAAUUGACUGCCUCUUUACCUGAGCCAUUAGCCAAGAAAGAAAAGGAAAGCAAGCCUGGUGAAGAUCUUAAACAUGCUGCCUUAGCUUCUCAGCCUGAGACAAGGGAAGUGUCCUCAGAUAAAAAGGACAGACAAAGCCCAGAAGAAGGGAGAGUGCCUCUCACUCUAUUUGGGCACCCUCUUGGUGCCGGCCCAGAAGACUCGAAACCGAAGGCAGAACCAAGCCUGGUGGUCCCAGGUAUUGAUCUCCCUCCAGAAACCCCAGUUCCAAAAGGACAAAAGGACUGGUUCAUUGAAAUGCCAGUGGAAACAAAGAAGGAUGAGUGGGGUUUAGUUGCUCCGAUAUCUCCUGGCCCUCUGACACCCAUGAGGAAAACAGAUGUAUUCGAGGAUAUCCCAAAAUGGGAAGGGAGACAAUUUGAUUCUCCCAUGCCGAGCCCUUUUCACAGUGGAAGCUUCACUCUCCCUUCAGAUGUGAUGAAGAAUGAAAUAGUGGAAGAAGCGUCGCCUCUUUCCCCGGCCCUCUUACAGUCAGAUGACAAAAAGUCUCUGGAAGAAACCGGUGGCCCAGGAACUGCCAAAGACACUGCUAAAGGUGAAGAGCCCCAUAAGGAUAAACCUUACGAAAUGGCAGAAGUACCAGCCUCAGAGGCAAUCCCCUCACCCAGAGAUGCCCACAUGCUGGAUGUAGAAGAAUGUGUCCCAGAGAAAGUUCUGGAAGAUGAGAAAGGAGCCGUCAAGCAAGACAGUGUGCAGAAAAAGGAGACGUCCACCCUGAGUGGUCAGGAAUCUCCACUGACUGAAAAGGAAUCUCAGCUAAAGCUUGAGGAAAAGAAAACUGUUCCUGACAAAGAAGCCAUGCCAAAAGAGCGUGAGCCCCCCAAACCGACAGACAAAGAAACAGGUGUAAGUCAGCCCUCCCCAGAGCAUGCUUUCUCAAAAGAACAGAAAGACCAACAGCCUGCCACAGACACACGAAAACAGGAGGCAUUCCCUGGGAGUUUGGAGCAAGCAGUGACAAGCUCAGCCCUGACCGCUAAAGCGCCGGAGAAGGAGCCAGCUGUGCUAAGUGAGAAGAAUGCCAUCGAGGAUCUGUUCGAAGAAAAGGCUGCUGACAAAGUCGAAGGAGCUGGGGCUGCAACGUUAGCUGAGCUUGAUGUGCCGUUUUAUGAAGAUAAGUCGGGAAUGUCCAAGUACUUUGAAACGUCUGCCUUGAAAGAAGAAGCGACAAAAAGCUUCCAGCCAGGAAGUGAUUACUAUGAACUGAGCGACACAAGAGAAAGCGCCCAAGGGCCCUUUGAUACUGUAUCUCCCCUGCAUACACCUGGUGACAAGGGGUUUCAGGCAGGCAAAGAAUCCCAGCCCAGCGCUCCAGCACAAGAAGCAGGCUAUAGCACUCUUGCAAAGAGUUACCCACCCGAUCUACCUGAAGAGCCCAGUUCUCCUCAAGAAAGAAUGUUCACUAUUGACCCAAAAGUGUAUGGGGAGAAAAGAGAUCUCCACAGCAAGAAUAAGGAUGAUCUGACACUAAGCAGGAGCUUAGGACUCGGUGGUAGGUCCGCAAUAGAACAGAGAAGCAUGUCCAUCAAUUUGCCCAUGUCUUGCCUGGAUUCCAUCGCCCUUGGCUUCAACUUCAGCCGGGGGCAUGACCUUUCUCCUCUGGCUUCUGAUAUUCUCACCAACACCAGUGGAAGUAUGGACGAAGGCGAUGAUUACCUGCCGGCCACCACCCCAGCCCUGGAGAAGGCCCCUUGCUUCCCCAUAGAAAGCAAAGAGGAGGAAGAAGAACAGAUACAGGAGGGAAAAGCCACCAGAGAGGGAAACGCUCAAGUCGAGACAGCGUGUGAAUCGCCAUUCCUACCCCAAGAUUAUUACAAAAACGGUGCUGCCAUGGCCCCCGACCUGCCUGAAAUGCUAGACCUGGCAGGCACAAGGUCAAGACUAGCUUCUGUGAGUGCAGACGAGGUUGGCAGGAGGAAGUCGGUCCCAUCGGGGAAUGUCAUUGAGGAGAACCGCACUGGCUUGCCCCCGGUCACCGAUGAGAACCACGUCGUUGUUAAGGCGGACAGCCAGCUCGAAGACAUGGGCUACUGUGUGUUCAAUAAGUACACCGUCCCCCUCCCGUCACCUGUCCAGGACAGCGAGAACUUAUCAGAAGAGGGUGGGUCCUUUUAUGAAGGCACCGAUGACAAAGUACGACGAGAUUUGGCCACAGACCUUUCCUUGGUUGAAGUGAAAUUGGCAGCUGCCAGAAGAGUCAGAGAUGAGUUCAGUGCUGAGAAGGAAGUAUCUCCACAGCCAGGACUGAGUAGGGAGUUUGAUCUGGAGAGGAAAGCCAGUGAUAAGUUGGACACUGUGCUAGAAAAGAGUGAAGAACAUACUGAUUCAAAAGAGCAUGCCCGGGAAUCCCAAGAGGCUGGUGACAAAGUUGACGCGUUUGGAUUAGGAACAACCUAUGAGCAUGCCUUGGCCAAAGAACCGACAGUGUCCAAAGAUGCAGAGAAAGGUCUCAGCUCAGUGCCAGAGGUAGCUGAAGCAGAACCAUCCAAAAAAGCUGCAGCAGAGCUGAAUUUUGCCGCAAAGAGAGCUGAGCAGGGUCACUUAGAUAUUAAAGUCAGUGAGUUUGGACAGAUGGCCUCAGGGCUAAACGUAGAUGCUGGAAAGCCAACAGAGCCUAAAUUCGAGGCCACCCAGGACCUCACUCUCUUAUCUGGGGCACCUCAGGAGGCAGAUGCGUUUAUGGGCAUUGAGUCAGGCCACGUGAGAGAAGGCACCAAAGUCAGCGAGACGGAAGUCAAGGAGAAGGUGGCCAAGCCUGACCUAGUCCACCAGGAGGCCGUGGACAAAGAAGAGUCCUACGAGUCCAGUGGAGAGCAUGAGAGCCUGACCAUGGAGUCCUUGAAGCCUGAGGAGGGCAAGAAGGAGACUUCCCCGGAAUCUUCUCUCAUCCAAGACGACAUCGCCGUCAAAUCGUCCGUGGAAGUUCCUUGUGCACCUGCUGUUUCAGAGGCCGAGUUAGCCCAGGACGAGAGCGCGGAUGUCCAGAUGGAAUCUACUCAGCCACCCAAGGAAGAGAGCAAAGAGACCCCAGGCAUCUCCAUCACACCCUCUGAGGUCACAGAGCCCUUGGUUGGAGCCGCCGAGGCCGAACCAGCAGAAGCUCAAACGGAGGAAGAAGAGAUAGAAGCGCGGGGAGAGUAUGAUAAACUGCUCUUCCGCUCCGACACCCUGCAGAUUACCGACCUGGGUGUCCCCGGUGCCAGGGAGGAAAUGAUGGAGACCUGCCCAGGUGAACACAAAGGCGUGAUCGAGUCCGUGGUGACCAUCGAGGAUGAUUUCAUCACUGUGGUGCAGACCACCACCGAUGAGGGGGAGUCCGGGUCCCACAGCGUGCGCUUCGCAGCCCUGGAGCAGCCGGAGGUGGAGAGGAGACCAUCCCCUCAGGCCCAGGCCGAGGAGGAGCUGGAAGUAGAAGAGGCAGCGGAAGCCCAGGCAGGACCCAAGGAUGGCGCCCCCAAGGCUCCGGCUUCCCCUGAGAGAGAAGUGGCUGGGCUCUCAGAGUACAAGACAGAAACCUAUGAUGAUUACAAAGACGAGACCACCAUUGAUGACUCCAUCAUGGAUGCUGACAGCCUCUGGGUGGACACUCAAGAUGAUGAUAGGAGCAUCAUGACAGAACAGUUAGAAACUAUCCCUAAAGAGGAGCAAGCUGAAAAGGAAGCUCGGAGACCAUCUCUCGAGAAACAUAGAAAAGAAAAGCCUUUUAAAACCGGGAGAGGCAGAAUUUCCACCCCGGAAAGAAAAGUAGCUAAAAAGGAACCUAGCACAGUCUCCAGAGAUGAAGUGAGAAGGAAAAAAGCAGUUUAUAAGAAGGCUGAACUUGCUAAAAAAACAGAAGUUCAGGCCCACUCUCCUUCCAGGAAAUUCAUUUUAAAACCUGCUAUCAAAUAUACUAGACCAACUCAACUCUCCUGUGUUAAGCGGAAAACGACAGCAGCAGGCGGUGACUCGUAUCAGGUUCCCAGUGCAUUUAAACAGGCAAAGGACAAAGUCUCUCACCAGGAUGGAGUCACCAAGAGCCCAGAGAAGCGCUCUUCGCUGCCAAGACCCUCCUCCAUCCUCCCUCCGCGGAGAGCUGUAUCGGGAGACAGAGAUGAGAACUCCUUCUCUCUCAACAGUUCCUUCUCCUCUUCAGCACGGCGGACCACUAGGUCAGAGCCGAUUCGCAGAGCAGGCAAAAGUGGCACUUCCACACCCACCACCCCUGGGUCAACCGCCAUCACUCCUGGCACCCCUCCAAGCUACUCUUCACGUACCCCUGGUACUCCUGGGACCCCUAGCUAUCCCAGGACCCCUCACACGCCAGGAACCCCCAAAUCUGCCAUCUUGGUUCCCAGUGAGAAGAAAGUUGCCAUCAUCCGUACUCCUCCAAAGUCUCCUGCCACUCCUAAGCAGCUUCGGCUUAUUAACCAACCACUGCCUGACCUGAAGAAUGUCAAGUCUAAAAUCGGAUCAACAGACAACAUUAAAUACCAGCCUAAAGGGGGCCAGGUACAGAUUGUUACUAAGAAGAUAGACCUAAGCCAUGUGACAUCCAAAUGUGGCUCUCUGAAGAACAUCCGCCAUAGGCCAGGUGGUGGACGUGUGAAGAUUGAGAGUGUAAAACUGGAUUUCAAAGAAAAGGCCCAAGCUAAAGUCGGUUCGCUGGACAACGCUCACCACGUACCUGGAGGUGGUAAUGUCAAGAUUGACAGCCAGAAGCUGAACUUCAGAGAGCAUGCGAAGGCCCGCGUGGACCACGGAGCAGAGAUCAUCACGCAGUCCCCAGGCAGGUCCAGCGUGGCCUCCCCUCGGCGACUCAGCAACGUCUCCUCCUCGGGAAGCAUCAACCUGCUGGAGUCCCCGCAGCUGGCCACCCUGGCCGAGGACGUCACUGCCGCGCUCGCCAAGCAGGGCUUGUGA